UACUAGAGGGACAAGUCAUUCUCACAAAAAUACGAAACACUAAAUUGACACAUUGGUGCAUGGUUAUGUUGUUGUGUUGAAAAUGCUGAUGAAGAGACAAUAAUACAUCAAUUACAGAUUGCAUUGAGCAAAUUCAUUCCCGAAAACAACAAGCUACAAACUAUUACGAUCAUUGGUUUGGUUUGAGGAAAAAAGACGGGGUAAACAAUGUCAGGCACCGAGGAGUCUACGAGCAAGAUACAAUUUAAGAAGAAAAAAGUUAAAUCGUUAAGGAAACGAGCUGGAUCUUCUGAUGAUGAUGAUUCUGACGGUGAAAGAGAGACGGUAAGAGGUCGAUUAGAUGAGAUGAAAACUAUCCAGAAACUCCGUCAACGACCCCAUGGUGUUAAUAUUGCUGGACUAGCGCUUGGUGAAAAAGUGACCGCAGAUUCGACGUCUGAUCCUUUCAACGUUAAAAAUGGAGGAAUGGUGAAUAUGGCAGCACUGAAAAAUACGAAGCUUAAACAGCCUGACGAUGCAUAUGAUACUGGAAUCGGAACACAGUUUAGUGCCGAAACAAACAAACGAGACGAAGAUGAAGAAAUGAUGAAGUACAUUGAGGAACAGUUGUCGAAGCGUAAAAACAAAAAUCCCAGCACAAGCGAUGCCAAUGGUGAUGGAGACGGUGGUAGUUAUUGCUCACCUGAAGAAGCAGCUCUACAAGCUGUACCUGAACACUUGCGACAAAGUUCAACUAAUAGAAGCGAGGAAAUGCUUUCGAAUCAAAUGCUGUCUGGCAUACCAGAAGUUGACCUUGGGAUAGAAGCCAAGAUACGGAAUAUAGAAGCUACCGAAGAAGCGAAACUUAAACUGCUCUGGGAAAGACACAGGAAAAAGGAUGGACCUUCUCAAUUCGUUCCCACGAACAUGGCUGUUAACUUCGUUCAACACAAUCGAUUCAAUAUUGAAGACUCCGAAGUACAGAAGGGAAAGCGAGACGCUGAGGAAAGAAAGAGACUCGCAGCUCGGAACGACGAUGCUAAAGGAAAGCGGAAAGAUAAUGGAGAAAAAGCAACGGACGAUUAUCAUUACGAACGAUUCAAGAAACAGUUUCGUAGAUUUUAAAUUUUUAGUAAACACUAGACGUAAUAUAUUUACUGUACAUUUGAAUUUGAAUCAAAGAUACAUAUGUAUUUGUCAAUAUAUAUUAUGACAACAAUUUGCAUUUAAUCCCUUUCAAGAAAACUCAUCUAAAUCAUACCUCAUAAAAAAAAAAAACCGUGGGCGGUACGUCAAUUCUUUAUAAUGGUAAAUAAAUUAUUCACUUGUGUCGCACGAGAUUUAUAAUCGGUGUGAAACUAUAUCGGUAAUAAUAAUAACAUUUUGUGCGAUCAAAUUGCCUGGAAUGACUAAAAUAAUCA